CUAGGCCACAGAGGCCUCUUUUAAUACUUUUUCAAAAACUGUGAAGAUGAAAUUAAUGAACAUCCCCUUUGUAACCCAAACAUCCUAAUAUUCGCAACAGGAAAAUCAUUCAAUAAAAACGUGAUUAAAAAACACAGGUUUUACUAUGGAAGAUGAUGAAUUCAACUUCUAUAGAAUUGUAAAGAGCGAGAAAAAUGUUGCACAACCAGCCCUUAAGGAGUUGUUUGAAACCCUAUGGAACAGAAAAUUCCCUGAAACUCCAUGGAAAAAAGAUUCCAAUAGUGUUCAAUUGUUUGAACAAGAGGAACAAAAAUACUUCCAAAACAGUUUGGAUGGAUUAUCUAACAGAGAAAAGGGAAGAAAAAGGGACAUAAGAAACCGACUUCUGAGCACAUUCCGAGGUAAUCAGUGGGAAAAUUAUGAAUGGGAUAUCAGCAAAUUUGUAUAUGCUUUAGUACACUCUAAACUCUUUCAAUUACAUCAAAUUGAUGGGUCAUGUAUGCCAAUUAGCGAGCACAUUGUCCAGAUAAAAGUCAUUUGUAACAGAACUGCUCAUUUCACAACAGCAACCUGUGAUAAUGCCAAUUUCCAAGAAACUUUAAAGACAACAGGUGAUCACAUAAAAGCAUUAGAAUUAGCACAACUGAAUGUGUCCCCAUACCUUGAAGAUUUACAGAGAAUACAAUCACAGGAAAAACCUGUUUCUGGUGAAAAAUGGUGGGAGAUGAAAACACAGUUUGAAAGGCUGAAAAGUCAGCAACAGAUAUAUGAAGAAAGUCAGCAACAGAUAUAUGAAGAAAGUCAGCAACAGAUAUAUGAAGAAAGAGAGAAAAGAUACACAGUUGUUGAAAAUUUAAAUGAAAAACUGGAAGGGCUGAAAACUGAAGAAGAAUUGCAGAUGGAAGGAUAUUCUGAAGAAAUUAAGAAGGCCUUUGAUUUUUGAUCUUUUGGUUUACGGAAUCGCCGCUCAAAAAAACGUGUUUUCAGAAAAAAAAUAAAAUUGGAAAAAAGUGAUUUUUUUAUUUCCUCCGCUAUGACAUGAAAGCUUGCAGAAGAAAAAAUGCACCGCGUAUUCCAAAAAGAAAAAAAAGUCUCGUUCUUCGAAUAUCCGUCACGGCGAACGAGUCAAAUCAACAUUAGGAAUUCCUAUAAUUCUAUUUUUAAACUUCAUAUCUUAUGCAUGACGUAAACGUCCAAUUAAAAUUUCCAAUAUAUACUGCGCCCAAUCAGGAUGCUUGUUACGCAAUUUACGAAACGUUUAAAAAUGGCUGCGCCCAGGCUGUAUUAUUUCCGAAGUUUUGAAGUAAUUUUAAUGAAAAUGCAAGAACAUUCAAAGUUGCGACGUAGUGCUUUCCUGAAAAAAUGGCCAAUUGUCGGUGAUAUGCAAUCUGUAUUUAGUAUACAACUACGUUAUGGUAACUGUCGUUCCAAUAGCGCAAUGCUUAUUUUACGGUGAUUCUAUGCACCGCUUAUUACGCGAACUUGAAAGCAUUUUUUCCCGAAAAAUAUCAUUUAAAUACACAAUGAUGACAGUACUUUUGUUUGAUGAUAUAAACUGGUACAGGGGACAUUAAAACUGUGUAAUUGUAAGGCCCGGUAAGCAAACGUUUAGCCUGUACAGCUUUUUGGCGUCCGGUAACCUAUUUGUUUAUAAGUUAUGAAUUACGUAUUUUUAAUGAAAUUAUUGAAUGUUAUAUAUUAACAUCAGAUUAAUGUUGAUUAUAGAUGUAAUUACUGUCUUUUCCAAUGUAGCUGUGCAGUAGAUGUGGCAAGACAAAUAUUGACUAACAGAAUUUUCAAAGAUCAUUGCAAAGAUGAACUGUUGUGUUACAUUAGGCCUAUUCAUAAAAUAAAUUAACAAAUACCAAGAAAACAAAAUGAGGAAAGGCAAGGCUUCCAGUUAACAGACAUAGGCUAGGUGUCUGUUUACCAGAUGGCUAGACACUUCCUAUUCCUAACACUUAAAAAGAAAAUUGCUUAUUAGGCACAGUGCAAUGUAUGUUGUCAUAUAGCUGUACCCCUAAGUUUCAGAUUGGGUCCAUAAACAGCCAAGAUGCUUGAAAGCUGCUGAGUGUGAAAUCAUAUAUCCAUGGGUUUAAGAUCUGACAGUGUUGUUCAAAUGUGGGGAAUAUUAGAUUUUUCCAUCUGUUAUUUUAACAGAAGGUAUUAAAUUUCAGUCAGUGUUUAACAUAAUAUGACUUCUAUGUUUCCAAUCAUUUAGUUUGUGAGAAUAUAUGCAUGCAGUUUUUAUGUAUAGUACAGUCCUUUCAAGAAAAAUGUUACAGCUACCUGCCCAGCUGUAUAUUAAUGUAAUUUCACAGAAAUACCAAGACAAAAUUUUUUCUCAAGCUGCUAUGACAAGCCCCUGGAGGCUCAUUUUUAAUCAAAUAUAACCAAGGUCACAAGUAUAUUUGCAGGAAAAAGCAUCAAAAGUGGGAAAGAAGAUUAUAACAUGCAGCCUGUGUGAUGUUAUGUAGAAUUUACCCAUAUUCCUUUCAAAGGUCCGUUUCCUACGGAGAAAAAAAAUUCUAAUUCUGUUUUUUAAUUUUAUUUUUUUCCCCUCCUCCUACGACCAUGUGUCAUCCUGGCGGUUCGUAAACCAAAAAAUAAAAAAAUAAUGGCCAAGGGUUCAAUCUGAAAAUGAAUCCCAGAAGCAGAAACAUUUGAAAGAACUUGAAAAACUCAAGAAUGAAAAUGACUUACAAAAGCAGAGAUACCUUGAAAAACUAAAGAGGCUGAAAACUGAAUAUGAAUUGCAAAAGCAAGCACAUUCUGAAGAAAUUCAGAGGUUUCAAUCUGAAAAUGAAUCACAGAAGCAGACACAUCUAGAGGAACUUAAAAAGGUCAAGAAUAAAUACACAAAAUAUAAAUUAAAAAAGCAAAGAUAUCUUAAAGAACUUAAAGGACUGAAAUCUGAAAAUGAACUACAAAAGAGAACAAAUCCAGAAGAACUCAAGUAUGAAAACACAUUAAAAAAGCAGUCAUAUUCAGCAAAACGUAAAAAACUUCAGUCUAUAGAUAUAGACGAACCAGAGAUACAGAUAUCUCCAAUAAAAAAAGCGGGUAUCAGAAAGUGAUCACUUAAUAUGUGGAAUCCGAUAUACUUCAAUCACUUACCGGCUUGGCACACACAUGUACCUGGGGCCUACGGCCUAUACAAUGGUAUUAAGCCUAACAUAAUAUAACUAUUGCUGAAGUACUUCAAAGUUUAAUAUACCGGUAUCUCUGAUUUCUACUAGAAUGUAUAAAAGUACUUAUCAACAACUUAUACAAGUUGUUUUGUAAAACUUUUCACUUCUAGCUUACAAAUAUUUUUCAAAAACUGAAGGAGGUGUCAAAAACAGAAAUGAACUUGAUGACUGACAUUAGCAUUGCAGUAAAAAUGUGUGCUGAAAUUGGUUUACUUUUAAGAAAACCACAGCUUGUUUCAUCUAAGUUUGAACUUGAUAUGUCAUUAUUAUGUUGCAAGGCAAGUCUCUGAUAGUGCCUUAUCUAGGGCCUACGGACUACACAAGUAAGCUUAUUACAAAUUCUUGUACCCAGAAGAGAGCACAAACUAAUUUCAUUUCAGAAGUAAAAGCACUUUAUGGUUAGCUAAUAAGUGAGUAACUAUCUGCACUUAUUUAGUUAAACAUACUGAGAUCAUUUGAAACCUUUAACCAACUUUAUUAACGUUUAACACAUAAACUUUUGAGUUUAGAAAUAGUAACAUUCACUGAAAUUGCAUAAUGACACUGCUAAAAUGGUAUAAUCUUUUGUAAAAUAAUAAGUUUUAUGAAUUAACAAAACCAAACCUUAGAACUUAUUUGUGCCAUCAAGGAAAUUUUAGGGUUUUCCCAAAAUGUAAACAGGCCUACGGACUAUACAUAAUUAUAAAAGAAGUCAACAGCUUGCCUUAUAUAACUUAUUUACAUUUAUGUAACUUGUGAAGUAUCAAAAAGAGCUAACAAAAUCUUAUGAACAAUAAAUUAAAUAACUGAACAUUAUAUUUCCUUACUAUCAAUGGAACAAAUAAUUCCUAAAUGUUUGAAUUCAGAAAUACAACAAUACAGAUAUAUGACAUUACCUGCAAGAAAAAAGAACUUUGACUUACUCACUUAUUUGUGGAUCUAAAAGCCGAAUACUUGAAAUAUUCAUAUACAAACAUGGCAUUUAAAUGUUUUGCAAUAUUUGAAUUAUUUCUAGAAUGCAGAAUAACUAUUGUACAAAUGACUUAAUAUGUCAGUUUUUCAGAGAGUUAUAAAGCACCAGUAUUUUGUUAACUGAAAUUUGUGGAAAAUCCAUCUGCUGUGCCUCUAAUUUUCUGUUCCCAUUCUUUAUCUCAUCAUUUACCAAAAUUUGUCUCUGUAUGUGUUUCCUUUCAAGCUCUUUGGCAGGCAUUUUCUCACAUCUUGAUCAUUUUUAACAUCCUGCAAACAGGUAUCUACGCAUACUCCUGCAUUUCUUACCUACAUUGUCAGAUUUGCUUUUACUAGUACUGGCACUAUUUUCAGGCUCAGCCUCUUUAUUAUUAUUUCUUGGUGUAGGUUUCAUAGUUUCAUUAAUUUAGAUUUAAUAUCCUGUGAAAAUAAAUGUUUGUAUUUAAUGCAUAUCAUUUUAACAAUUUUUUGUAUAGUCCAUACUAGUUACUUCUAUAAAUUUUUAAAUACUAUAUCACCAAAUUUAAUAUUUAGCAUAAAACAUUUUCUAUUUAGUUAAGGUAGAUGAUUAGCUCUACUUCUUACACUAAAGCCAACAACCUAUAUUCUAUGUUAUUGGUGACUGCCAUUAUUGGCCUGAAGGACUGAUGUCAGUUUCAUUGUAGUGCACAAAACAAUUUCUACAUAAGUACUGAAUUUUGUGUACUAUGAUGCUUCAGAUGCUGAGUGUGUUUAAACCUUACUAUUUUAUCAAUUUUCCUUGCUUGUAACAACUUCAUGUUUAUUUAUCAGGUUAUUAAAGAAUUAGAAUUUGGGGCCUACAGACUAUACUGUAUAGACCGUAAAUGGUUUUACCCUGAAGAACAGACAAGGAGUUGAUGCUCUAAUUUAUUCUUAGUGAUAAAUGCUAGUUACUGCCUGAAACUAAAACACUGUAUUUCAUUAUAAAGUUACUGCAAAUGUUUCUUUGCCACUACCUGUAAUUAUGGGCCUACGGACUAUACAAACAAGAGCUGUCUGAUGACAGCGUGCUCGACUAUUCAAAGAAUUGAUUGAAAAUUGGGGUCAAAAUAUUUCCACAGAUAUUCAGACAAAAGAAACAAAUAGAUUAGACAAACAAUGUUCCUGUAUUUCUUUGAUUUGAUAAGUCUUGCACUAAAUGGCAAUGUAUGAACCAAUUCCAAAGUCCAAAAAGGGCCAUAAUUCAGUCAAAAUAGUUAUGUACUCUUGCCUACAGAUGGAAAUCAUAAUGAUAAACAAGUGUUCAAAGUUUAAAAGCCAUAUGUCAAAUACUUUUGACAAAACGUAGACUUGUAUGAAAAGAACCAAUUUCAAAGUCCAAAAAGGGCCAUAAUUCAGCCAAAAUAGAUGACAGAGUUAUGUACUCUUUCCUACAGAUAGAGACUAUUAUACUAAACAAGUGAUAAAACUUUCAAAGCCAUAUGUCAAACACUUUACAAAUAAUAUGAACUGGUACGGAAAACUUAUAGAUUUCUUUGUCAAAAAGGGCCAUAAUUCAGCCAAAAUCCUUGAUGGAGUUAUGUACUCUUGCCUAUAACUGGACAUGGUGAUGGUAAACAAGUGUUGAAAGUUUCAAAUCUUUAUCUCAAAAGACAAUGUCAAAAUGUGGACUGGUACGAAAUAUUAACCCUGAUUUCUAAGUCAAAAAGGGCCAUAAUUCACCUAAAAUCCUUGAUGGAGUUAUGUGCUCUUGCCUGUAACUGGACAUGGUGAUGGUAAACAAGUGUUGAAAGUUUCAAAUCUUUAUCUCAAAAGACUUUGUCAAAAUAUGAACUGGUACGAAAAACUUAACCAAGAUUUCUAAGUCGAAAGGGGCUAUAAUUCAGCCAAAAUCCUUGAUGGAGUUAUGUGCUCUUGCCUAUAAUUGGCCAUGGUGGUGGUAAACAAGUGUUGAAAGUUUCAAAGCUUUAUCUCAAAAGACAAUGUCAAAAUGUGGACUGGUACGAAAAACUUAACCAAGGUGUGAUGCCGACGCCGACAAUGUAAAAUUUUGCAUAUAUUCACAAAAAAUAUUCAGGCAUUUUAUGUAGUACUGUUACUAGAUAUUUGAAGUUAUAUGCUUUAUACACCCAGCAACAGUAAUUUAUUUACAAAUCUAUUACUUUUAAUUUGAUUGUCUUUACCUUAAAAAAAUGGGUGAAAAAACUCAAAACUUAUAACAAAGGUACACUUUUAUACAAAUAACUAUUCAGUUAUCAAUUUUGGUCCGAUUUUGAUUCUGUAACAAGAGUGCCAGAAUGUCACAAUAUAUGCCCGUCACAGCAAAUUUCUUUACACUAGCACCUGUAUUUGCAAAUGGAAUUUUAAUUUUCUAGUUGUUUACAAUGUUGUUGUUUUUUUUAGAAAUUAUUGUAAUUCUUUUAUUUUUCUAAGUCCUCAAAAAAAAAUCCUUACCAGGUAGAGAUACCUUAAAAUACACCCAAAAUUUGAAAGUAAGAGGUUAUUAUCUUUCCAUUAUGAAGUAUGCACUCGCUCUUCUACAGAAAAAUACUGUGCUCCUUCAAGAUGCGCAAUAUUUUCACUACAGAACUCACACAUAUUUCCCGAUACAAAGCUAAUAACCUGUAAUAAUCAUAGAAUGAUAAUAUUAUGAUUAUAGAUUUGUAUUUGUUUAGUUCAGUGUUAGAUCAAAAUACUGUUCAAUGAGUGAACACAAAAUGCAAUAACUUCAUUAGGCGUAAAAAAAAAUUGUUUGUUUCCGGUAUCCCGACCUACCCUAAAUUUUUGGCCCGACCCUAAAUGUUUUUAUGGCCUUGGAGAAUAUUUUUUUCAACUUUUUAACAAAAAGUUGCAAAACUGCACUUUUUAUGCUUUAAACAUGUCCAGUGAUGUUAGAAAUCAACUUACUGAUGUUCUGAAGGCAUUACCCCCUUAUUUACAUUCAUUUUUUGACACAAAAAUAAUUUCCGAAAAGUCUCCCUUAAUAAAAAAAAAAAUCCAAAAAAAAAA